AGGUAAUGUGUUGCUGGGAUUUAUCGUACAGUGGCGCUGCUGUCCAUCGGAGGGGAAGUAUUCAGUGCUAACUUCAUGCAGUUGAAAUGAGGACAUUUCCAUGUGUUUUGGUGGAAUUUUCUGUGAAGUGUCUGUGGUGUUUGUGUGUUCAGCUGUUGGCGCUGGCGUCGGCAAACAGCUGUCAGCGCCCCCAUGGGCAGCGGCCAAUGCCGAAGCCAGACGUCUUGGCAGAUUCGGAGUUUAGUUUUGAGUUUGCCUUUGUGACAAGAAGUUGUGGAAGAGAGAAAAAUCCGAGAAACGAGUCGCCUCGCUCAGUCAUCGAAACAUUCAAAAAAAGCCAAAUAUCACAUCGUGAUCACGCACGCUUUGACCCCCAAACAAUUGCAAAUCGCGCGACACUUUUGUUCCAACCCGCCCCCACGAAUUUCUCCACCGAUAGCGCCCCCGUGUGAGCGAGAAAGCGUUUUUUUGCGGUCCACUUUAGAGGGAGAAAGAGAGAGUUUGUGUGUUUUUGUUCUCGGUUUCGAGAGAAGAAGAAUUUUAAAGGAAAAAAAAGUGACGCGUCGUCCAUUGAAGGGCAAGGAAAAAUCACCGGAAAAGAGCUCCAAACACCAGGCCAAUUGCAUUUUAGCCUGAAGCCCGUGCUAGCUCAAGAGUUUACACACAAUUUUUGUCCAAAGAAAGUUGCCUUGAAAGUCCUGGGAAAAGGUCAUAGGAGUCCCCCGGAAAAAAAAGUAAAAGUGUUUUUGUGGUGUCCGCGCGCGUUUUUUCUCAAUAAAAACAAAGUUUGUGCUGAAAAUUGAGGGACUUUUCCGCUGGAAAAUCACAUUUUUGCCUUUUGUGUAUCACCUCCGUGGCCACCAGGAACAUCAACAGCUCCAAAAUCAUAAAAAAAAAGUUGCCUAAAGUUCAGUGUGUUUACAAAAAUAAAAAAAAAAGUGUUACAGAAAGGAAAACAAAAGCUUUCCCGGAAUCCUCUUGGAAGAAAAGCAUCACAAAGGAGCCCCCACAAGUGAAAUUUCCAGCAGAAAAUCCACGUAAAAAUGAGCAUCGAUGCAUUACUAAAGGCUGCUGAGUACUUGGAUAGACGCGAAAGAGAGCAAGAGCAUGGCUAUGCAUCGAGCCUCCCGAUGCCAGACAAAACCAAUAGAAAUUCCAGCAACAGGAAGGCCAAGUCGAAGAAGUCAUCAGGGAACCGAACGACGCACAACGAGUUGGAGAAAAACAGGAGGGCGCAUCUAAGAAAUUGUUUGGAGAGAUUAAAAGACAUGGUACCUUUGGGGGCAGACGCCUCACGACACACAACACUAGGUCUUCUCACUAAAGCGAAGCGAUUUAUUAAGAAUCUUGAGGAUAAGGAUAGACGGCAAAUUUUUCAUCGGGAACAAUUAAGUAGAGAACAGAGAUUUCUGAGGCGACGCCUUGAACAAUUAACAUAUAAUGCGGCGCUGUGUAAAAGAAGAUCCGUUUCUGAAUGUUCAACCUCAACCAUUUCUAGUACAAAUUCAACAACAUCAACGGGAUCACCAUCAUCUAUAAGUGAAUCUGAUGAAGUGGACGUGAUCGGAUACACAAGCAAUCAAUCGGACACGGAUGAUCACUCAUCAGUCCAAUCGCUUCAAUCCGGAUCGACAGACAGUGGCGUCGUGAUGUCUGCAUCACGACUCACCCUCUCCGAGAUGGAUAUUAUCUAGAUAUAGACAUAAAAGGAAAAAAAGAAAAACAUUUAAGAAACAAACGGUGCAGGCUCGUGACUCAGCAAGACGGUGAAAUUGAAUGAAUUGACGAGAAGAUAUCUGAUGAUUGAGGGGGAAAAAUCUAGAAAAGCAGAUCCAGUGAAAAAAAAGAACCUUAUCCAGUAACAAUAUAAUUUCCGGUCCAGAAUUUCUGUUGUCCAGGUAAAAACAAAUACGUCUUCAUUCUUUUCCACACUAACAAAAAAAAAAAAAUAAGAGAACGAUAAACUUACCAUCUGUGUGGAAUUUCCAUCGAGAGAUCACACAUUAGCAGUAUAUAUAGCAGUGAAUCAAAAUGAAAAUUGAUAGCCUGUUUUUCCGUAAUCAACCAUCGAACAGCGUUACAAUCCCGUUUGUCCAUCUUUGACCAAGAGAAAGUUUCUUUUUUUUUUGCAAGGAAGAACAUUUUUAAUAAAUUACCGGGAUAUUAUUUGACUUUUUAAGUUAGUGCUGAAAGAUUUUCUGUAUCUAGCAGAGAGCCUAAAUGAUUUUAUUUUCUUUUGUGUCUAUAUUUUUUUUGUUCAUCAGCUUUUGUUGUAAAAAGAUCGCAAAACUCUUGAUUUAAGAAAUCAAAUCCUAAAAUAUAAGUAGAGGUUAGAGAAAACAAAAAAAAAGAUAAAAAUAAAAUUAAUCGUGAAGAAGUUUCUGUACAGAGAGGAAUGCAUUGUGCGAAGAUAUAACUCUAUAUUAAGGACAAAGAAGAGAAUCUACUUAAAAAGAAAAGUUUGAUUAGAAAAAGAAAAACAAGAAAAUGUGCAAGAGAAAAAUAGAAAACAUGGUUUCUAUCUUAUUCUAAAAAUACCAUUUGAUUUUCAUGAAGCAUGAAAUUAAAAAAAAAGAAAGAUAUUCUAGUGAAACAAAAAUUAUUUAAAAAACAAAUAUCAUUGUGUAAUAGUCCUCAGUUUACAAAGCAGCAUAUUUUUGUGUUUUUGAAGGAGUAGGACGUACCUAAAGUACUCUUCUCCUCUCCAUUUGACUAUCUUGUUCUUUUAUUUCUUGUAUUUUUUUUAAAUAUAGAGCAAAAUAACGAAAAAAUAACUUCAGGAUGAAGGAAAAAUAAACACAUAUCGACCACCGAUCGCUAAAUGUAUGAACGCCUCUAGUCAUGAUUUAAAAACAAAUACAAAUUGAAUAGAGAUCGUUGCGCAAAAAAUCCCUAUCAAUUUUAAAAUUGUCCUUUUUGUUAUAUAAUAUUUUUUCGUGACAUUUUUGCCCAUAAAAAAAUAAUACUAAAUGAGACCUUUUGACGCAAGAUGUGAAAACGGAAGACAAGGAUAUCGAAUUUGCCAUCUUUAGAACAGUCCAAAAUAAAUUAUUUUUUACAAUUUUCUGUUUUUCAUGACGUAAAUUAUUUUUCAAAAAAAAAUGCAAUUUUUCUAAAAUUGCUCCUUAUUCUUCAAAAAAAGAAAAAUGUAUCGGAAAAUGAGCGUGAAAGUGAAAAAGAAAUUUCCAAUUUUUUCAUGAGAGAUGAUCACAGAGCAGAGCACCGGAAUUUUCCUUUUUCUUUUUGUUUUGUAAAGAAAAAGAUCUUAUAAAUUAUUUGUAAUAUGUAAAUUGUAAAUAGAAAAACAUGGGAUGACGUUAAACUGAAGAGACAAACAAGGGAGAGGCAGUCGGUUUAUUAAGAUAAUGAAAAAAAAACCUACAAAUUAAUAUUAGAAACUUAUUGAUAAUGAUAACAAAUAAUACGGAGAAAGCAAAAGGUAAGACAGGAUGGUUUAAACUUAAUUGUAUAAUUCGGAAAGUUUAAAAUAAAUCCCUAUAAAUCAUGUCGAUCGACAUUCUAUCAGAAUGUCGUUCGAUUUGUCGUACAUCAGAAACCGAAAACAAGACGAAAUAUUAAUCGAAAAAAUCCUAAAUUCACCAAAAUGUCUGAGCUUUUUACCAAAUGAAUUCAAAUCUUGGGUUUGAUACUUUACUUGACGAAGAAUCGUUCGGUUUGUCGUACAAUAUCAACGGCAAAAGUAUAUAAGUUUUUUUUAUGACUUAUGUCGCUAAGCAAGAAAACUUGAACUGGAUGAAUUUUCUUCAGUGAAAGUUAUCUAUUGACAGACGAUCUGAAACACGACUGACCGAAAAAUCGAUCGGUAAACCAUAAAAUCAUCAAAAUAUUCGAGAUUUUUACCAAAUGAAUUCGAACAUUGAGUUGAAAAUGUUGCUUGACGAAGAAUCGUUCGAUAUAUCGUUCAAAAUUAUUGACAGAAUGUAUCUGUUCUUUCUAAGAUCUGUCGGAUUGGGAAAAAAGUCGAAACUGAACGAAUUUCGUUCACUGAAUGUUAUCUCUUGACAGACGAUUUGAAAAAAAAGUGAACAAUAUAUCGAUCAGUAAAUCCUAAAUUCACCAAAAUAUCCAACCUUUUGAACAAAGGAAAUAAUGGGUUCAUACUUGACAAAGAAUCGUUCGACUUGUCGUUCAAAAUCAACGACAAAAGUGUAACAGUUUUCUUUCUGACUUCUAUAAAUCUCUAGGAAAAGUCGACACUUAACGAAUUUCAUUCGAUGCGCGUUGUCUAUUGACAGACGAUUAAUCCUAAUUUUAUGAAAAUCCCAGAGCUUUUUACUUGAAAGAUUCGAAUAAGAGUAGCACAAUGUGCUAUUUUUAAUUUUAAAAUUAAAAAUGAUCAUCUGCAAAUGUAGAAUUAAAGUCAAAACAACAAUUGAAAUCACGCUUUUAAUAAUGCUUUUAUCAAAAUUGUCAAGCAAACACUUCACUUUAUUUAUUAAUUUUUGGAAUUAAAUAAUCUUGACAAACAUCCUUACAAACAUUUUUUUCAAAGACACAAAAGUUGUUUUAAGAUUGGCGAGUUAAUUUCGAUUUUGCCUUUUUCUGUCAAAAGCUCGAAACAUCAAAAUUUGACAGAAUUUUUGGACUCAAAUAUGUCCCGAAACUUUUCAAAGAAAUUUGAAAUUUCAUUCGAAGAUCAUUCGAAAAUCUACAGUGAUUCACAUAUCUGCUGCGUGAAUGCUGAUAAUGCUCAUUCGAAUAUUCGAUAUUUUUUACAAGUCGCCAUGUUAGAUUUUCUACUAUUCACAAUAUUUUCUAAAAUAUUUUUGCAAGCUUUUGGUAAUUUGCUAUUCUUUUCAUGCGACUUAGAUUCAAGUUUGCGAACUUCAAACGGUUCUGAAUAGAAAUCCUUUUGAAAUUUAUUCGAACCAAAAGGCGAAGGCUUUCAAAUCAGUCUAAGCUGUCAAAUCAAAUUAGUUAUGAAUUUCGAACAUCUUUUCCAAUUAAACUAUUUAUAUUCGUAAGUGGAUAAAAUAAUUACAUACCCUUUGGUAAUUGAAAGAUCGAAAAUUUAAACAGACGAAAUACAAGAUAAACGACAUCUUCUUUUUUUUGCAGGAAUUAAUGGAAAUUCAGAUAAAGCUUAGAAUAAUUCUUAUUCCUAUCUUCGAAUAUUCGAAGUUGUUUGAUUAGCCGAUUGAACUGUCAAAGUUUCAUUCAACUAUCAAAUACUUUGAAUAUUCGAAGAUUCAAUAAUAGAAGUUGGAAAAUUACGAAAAUUCAAGAAUAUUAGAAAAUCUACGAGCUGACUAAGUUGUUGACUAUCAAAAAUUUCAAAUAUUCGAGGAUUCAGGUAUUACCUGGGGCGAAAUGAUAACUUUUCGACACUAUCGAAUCGAUAAAUCUAUAUCUCUUAGAUUAAGUGAAUGUCAACUUUUUACGCAUUGUUGGGCCAUUCAUUGUGACAUUCUUAAAAGAAUGUGACUGUAAAUAAAUAUCUAUAUUAGUUACGGGAAGUCCUGCUAUCGUUCAAUUUUUUCACAAUCGAUAGUCGAUAGUAUUGAAAAUAAGUUAUCAUGUCACCUCUGAUUUUAAUUCGAAUCGAACAUGACUUAGCUAAUUGUACUGUCAGCUGUCAAAAAAUUCAAAUAUCCGACGAUAGCCAGAUGUGAAAUUACGAAAAUAUACAAUUGAUAUAAAAUCCAUCGACGUAUUCAAUUCCAACAUUUUCGAAUAUCCGAAAGUUCAGUAUUGCCAGAUGUAAAUUUACGAAAAUACGCUAAUAACUGAACACCCCUUAAGCACCUGUGAAUUGUCAAAGUUAUCUAAUCCUUAAAGACUUAUUCCCAAAGAUUUUCGAAUAAGCUUUCGAAUGACCUUGUAAUUCCGAAAAUCUACUCAUGAUCGCAAAGACACAGCAAUUGUAAUUUUGACUGAAACCCAUUUCAAAUUUUUCUCAGUGCAUUUGAGGAAAAAAAUCACCACAAUUUAAUGAAAAAUAUUUUCAUUGAAUGUCCCUGAGAAAAAGUUUGGCCCAAGAAUGAGAGAAGAAACCUUACUCGAAGAAGGAAGCAAAAAAAAAGGAAUUCAAAAGAUAAUGAAUGCUGAUUUAUGUUUAGAUUUUUUUUCGGGGUUUCUCGCAAUUUUAUUUUUCUCCUCCUGGUGUCCACCAACUUUUCCGAUAAAUCUCUCUGGCAAAUGCCGUAAGAUCUCCCCUUUAAUCCAUUUCCUUGGGAAUUCAUUUUCAAAACUUUUAGAUUGUUUUUAUUAUUUUUCAACUCAGAGAUUUCUGGACGGGCUUUUGAGUCGGUAAGGGGGCUAGGAGGGUGCAAGGGGAAGUGCCUCCAUAAACAAACAAAAUCCUCUUAAAACAGGAAGUUGGUGCAAAAAAAAAUAUAACGACAUAAAAUUUUGCUUAUAUCGCUGAUGGUGCAGCAAAACACGUAAAAUCAAUUUAAUCUUUAAUUAAGGGAAGAAAUAAAAACAAAUUUUGUGUCUAUAGCCGAAGGUAAGGGAGGAAAAACAAGCUUAGGAUUUUUUUUGGGGAGGAUGGGAUGUUUCUGAGGGAAAAGAACGAGGAAUGGAAAAUGGUCUGAGUGACAUAAAAAAAUUGCAAGAAGCUCAAGUGAAAAAGUCAAAUAAAAACAGCCCUGAGGUAUUCCAAUAGAAUCAUUUGGGAAGAUAAAAUGCUCACUAAUUCGGUGAAUUAUUUAUUUCACGUGCAUUUUUAAUCAUCAGGUAAUCCAUCCAGUGAAUUUUGUGUCUAAAGUACAGGAAAACUCAAAUUCAUUGAUAAAAGAUCCAGAAGGUAGAGAAAGGAAAAAAAACAAGACUUAGAGCUUUGAUCCACGAAAGCACAAAAUUCGUGGAUGAAGCAUUGUGUUUGUAAAUAAUAAUAUUUAAUGGAGAAGAAGAUGAUUGCAGGAAUAAUUGUAAUUUAUAUUUAACAAAAUAAAAACUUUUUUAGAGAUUGUAGAGAAAGCUUGUUGAAAUUAAAUAAAUUUAUGAAUGAUGGUAUGGUUAAUUUUUCAGUUCUCUUCUGUGCUAAAGCUAUUCUCACUUUAUUUUACAAUGUUUGAGAGAAAUUAUGUUAUGUUUUUUUCUCUCGCAGUGAUAAACACUGUAAAAUGUAUCUUCUCUUGUUUAAAGCUCUAUAUACCCAAAACAAAAAAUUCAGUAUUUAAUUCGGCUGUAAAAUGAGUUGAUAAGCACUGUGAGAAUUUUAUCAGCUCGUUUGUAAUUUAAUUUUUUCAUUCCACAAGUAAUUUUUAAAUUUUAUAUAUUUUUUUCCUUUUACCCCUUCUAAAAACGCACGAUAAAUGGAUUAUCUGAUAAAUUGAGAUUGAAUAAUUUGGGACUCAUUGAAUUUAUGCGAUGUAUUAUUGUAUUUUGCACUUCUAUAGGAUUGAUCUCUUACAUAAGCCCCGCCCUGGAGAUACUAAGCCACGCCCACUUUGAGAAAUUUGAUAUUUAUUACUGAAUGAUAAAACUGAGAUGUUUUAUCAUGCCAGCGCACAAUAACUUUUGUUUAGUAAACAUGUUUUUGACACUUUAAUGAGAGUGAAUGAGAUCUACAUCUAGUCAUCUCGCUCAUUCUCAUGGAAAAUUUUGAAAACAUGUUUACAAACAAAAGUUAUUGUGCUGACUUAAUAAAAUUUCGAAAAUAAAAUAAAAUAAUAUCUGAACACUUUUCCUGUCUAAUAAAAUAUUUUAGUAACAUCACUGACAUCACUGUGUGAGAUUGGCUAAAGCUUAAAGUGUACUGUGAAUGCUUUCAAGCUUUAGCCAAUCAGAAAACAUGAUGAGACUAAAAUAUUUGUUCUCAUAAAAUGUGGUAGUCCUGUUGCGUCCUUUGGUGAGCUAAAGCUUUAAAGUAACUAACAAGGGUGAACUAGUAUGGUUAGCAAGCACAUGAGUGCCAAAUCUUCUCAUCGGCGCCGAUCAGUCUCUAUGAUCGGUUGUUGGCAUUGAUCAUUCAGUAUGACUAGCUAAUCGCAUCGGUUAGUCUCCGCGAUCAGUUGAUCGCGUCGAUAAGUGUGCAUGAUCAGCUGAUCACGUUGAGCAGUUUUCAUGAUCGAUUGGUCGUGUUGAUCAGUUGCCAUGAUCAGGCGAUCAUGUUGAGCAGUCUCCAUGAUCGUUUGAUCACGUUGAUCAGUUGCCAUGAUCAGGCGAUCAUGUUGAGCAGUCUUUAUGAUCAAUUGGUCGCGUUGAUCAGUUGCCAUGAUCAGAAGAUCAUGUUGAGCUGUUUCCAUGACCGUUUGAUCGCGUUUAUCAGUCUCAAUGAUCGGUUGAUAGCAUCGAUCAAUCUCCAUGAUCAGCUGCUCGCAUUGAAUAGUCUUUAUGAGCAGUUAAUGGCAUCGAUCAGUCUCUAUUAUCCACUGAUUCCAGCGAUCAGUCAAUAUGAUCAGCUUAUCACGUUGAGCAGUCUGCAUGAUUAUUUGCUCACGUUGAACAGUCUUCGUGAUCAGGUGAUCUCAUUGAUCAGAAUCCAUGAUCAGCCGAUCACGUUGAGCAGUCUCCAUGAUUGUUUGAUCGCGUUGAUCAGUCUCAAUGAUCGGUUGAUAGCAUCAAUCAGUCUCCAUGAUCAGCUGCUCACAUUGAGUAGUCUUUAUGAUCGAUUGGUCGCGUUGAUCAGUUGCCAUGAUCAGACGAUCAUGUUGAGCAGUCUCCGUGAUCGUUUGAUCACGUUGAUCAGUCUCAAUGAUCGGUUGAUAGCAUCGAUCAGUCUCUGUGAUCGGCUGCUCGCAUUGAGUAGUCUUUAUGAGCAGUUAAUGGCAUUGAUCAGUCUCUAUGAUCCACUGAUUCCAUCGAUCAGUCAAUAUGAUCACCUGAUAAUGUUGAGCAGUCUGCAUGAUCAGGUGUUCGCGUUGAUCAGUCGCCAUGAUCAGGAGAUCACGUUGAGCAGUCUCCACGAUCGUUUGAUCGCGUUGAUCAGUCUUCCAUGAUCAACUGGUCGCGCUGAUGAGUAUCUAUGAUCAGCUGAUCGCAUUGAGCAGUCUUUAUGAGCGGUUGAUGGCAUCGAUGAGUUAUCAGAUCAGUUUUGAUGAUCCACUGAUUCCGUCGAUCAGUCAAUAUGAUCGGCUGAUCACUUUGAGUAGUCUCCAUGAUUAUUUAAACGCGUUGAUCAGUCUUCAUGAUCGAGUUAUCGCGUUGAUAAGAAUCUAUGAUGAGCUGAUCAUGUUGAGCAGUCUCCAUGAUCGUUUGAUCGCGUUGAUCAGUCUGAAUUUAAGAUUUAGUAGGGAAAAGUGCCCAGUGCCCAUUCUUCCUACGAUCCCAAGCUUCGUAAUGACUAAGUUUCUUGUGUAUUUCUCAAUAAAUGCGACUCAUCGCACCCAUAUUUUAAAAACAAGAGGAAAGUGUCCAAUUCUUUAAAUAUAUUGAGGAGUCAACUUUAUUCAGGAACACAAGAAAAAUUAGUCAUUAUGAAGCUUGGGAUCAUAUGAAGCAUAAGGAUUUUCCCUUACUUUGAAAAUGACGUAUGAAGCAUAAGGAUGAACUGAAAUGACGUAAAUGAGGAUGAAGUUCAUCAUUCAUCAUAUGAAGCAUAAGGAUGCAGGUGACUAUGUCCCUACUCUUCGUACACUUCUCUUUAAUUUUAAUGUUUAAGAACGGUCCUUACCGAUCAGACAUGGUAGAUCGGAUUGAUAAAGACCAUCCUUAAGGACUAAUUAAAAAAAAAAAGCUUACGAACAGGGUGAGAGCAGUCACCCGCAUCUACGGUAACUCAUUUUUGAAGGAAGGGACUUUAGGCUCCUCCCUUAAUUUUUAACCCUUUAAGGACGAUUGGGUCACCGGUGACCCAAAAAUGAAAUUUUUCCUACGGCCCUUUAAAGCAAAGUUUUGCUAUAAAAAGUCAGAAAAAAUGAUUUUUUCUGACCCCCGAUUUUAAACCUUCUCGUCCUUAAAGGGUUAAAUGAACUCAAAGGGCGUGGCUUUAGCAGUCUGAAGGCUGUGCUAAUUUAUAGGGCUCCUUUAAGAGAUACAUCCAUAAAUCUGUGCAAAAUACUAAAAAUAAUUAAAAAUGAAUCGCAUUAAGCAAAGACCGACAAUCCAACCUAAAAAGCUAGGUUGAAACAAAAAAAAAUCCUUCCGCAAAUUCAGACUAUAAUAAACCAUCCCAAAUAGAAACUGCUAAAGAAAACGUCUCUUACUGAUUUUAAUUUUGCUUUCACGUUGAUUAAUCAAUACGGAAUCACUGAAGAAGAUACCCCUGGAAUCCAUUGCAAAAAUAAGCCACUAAAUAAAUAAAUUUAAUAAAAAAAAUUGAAACAAUAAACGAAGCAAUGUUGUAACAUUGCCACUAAAUGUUGUUGACAAGAGGAGCAUGGAGAAAAAGCACUUGAUUAAAAUGAAAUUUUAAAAAAAAAAGAUUAAGAGUAUAAUAAUAAAUAUAUCGUGAAUGGAUGGGAAGAUGUUGAUUUAAGUGAAAAGAAAUGAUGAAAAUUGAAAAGAAACAAUCUAGAAAAUAUAAAUUUUAAAUAUAGAAUUGCAUUAAAAAAAAGAAAGAAACACAAAACACGAAAACAUUUUCACACAUACACACAAGGUAAAAAAUCAGUGAAUAAUUGGGGAAAAUUUUGAAAACAUCAUUCAGUUUUUCAUCCUGAGAAAGAAAAAUCAAUAUAGAAAAAAUGGAAACGUAAAUGAAAUGAAAAAAAAAUAAAAUCAACACAGCAGACACUUGCAUUACAGUAGAAAGUAUAAAGAGAUCAUUAAAGAAACACAAAAAUAAAGUAAAAAAAAGAUAUAUUUGUUAUUAAUUAAUUGUGUAAAAUUAUCCAAAAAUUAAUCAAACUCUAACAGUAACUAGAGGUGAAAAAAAAUGUCCGAAAAAAUCAGUGAGGAAAAGUUGAAGACAAGGAAAAAGGAAGUAAGAGAAGACGGCGAAGAUUAAUAUUUACAGUGUAAGUAAAGAAGAUGAAGAAAAAAAAGAAGUAAAUAAAACAGAUGAGAAAAAAUUACUAUUAAUAGUAAUAAUUAUUAUUAAAAAAAAGGACAAAAAUAAAUAAAAAAUACUAUAUACAUAUAUAAUAAAAAAAUAAUAAUUAUUGAUUAUGAAAGAUGAAAAAAUGAAUAAGCGUGUAGAAAGUUUGUGUAACAUUUGAAUAGUACAAAAAAAAUACACUCAUCCCAUAAUUUUCAAUGGUGUGUGUUUAAAUAAUGAUGAAAAAAAUAUGAAAUAAAAAUAAUUUCUAUAUACUGAGAAUAUUAAAUUCUUCUCAGUGUAGAUUUAAAGAAAAAAUAAAAAGAAUUAAACUGAAGAAGAUGGAAAAAACAAACAAUAAUUGAUAAUAAAAAAAGAAUUAUAAACGAGAGCACGAGUUUUGAGAGAGAGAGAGAGAGAAUGACGAGAAACGGAAGCAACUUUUGGGAUCAGAGUUUUUCAUCAAAUUUAAUCACUGAAAAAAAAAUUUUUGAAAAAAUACAUCCUACAUUUUUCAGAAGUGGGGACUUUUGUAAAUUCCCCGUACUGAAGAUGUCCGCGAAAAAAACCUAAGAAGAUAAUCAAAAACAAAGCACGAGAUCUUUUUAUCUUGAUGAAAUAACCUUAAAAAAAAAAAAAAAACAAACAAAUAAAGAGAAUAGAACGUAUUGCUAAAUAGUAAAUCAAUUUUUGAGCAACUGAAAAAAAUCCAGUCGAGAAAUUAAAAAACUAAAAUUUGUAAAUAAAUAAUCUUGGGGAAAAGCACAUUUUUUCCACAAGAAACACUAAAUUGAAUUGUGGAUCUCCACAAAAAUGAGAAAAUUGAAAAACUUUGUAAAAAAAUCAUACAAUCAUGCGCCUUGAUUUUCUCCAAGUGAAGCGGUUUUUUUUAGGAAGAUUGUGUAGCAGACAAGAAAAUCUCUCUUGAACUUCUUUCAUACUGUUUCUUUAUUUUUGUCGUCAAUCUCAGAAGUAAAUUCUUAGAGAAUUUCUAACAAAACAGAUUAAAUUGUGACGCCUGCAAAACAACAUUUUAUGAGAAAAAAAAACUGUACUAGAUGUUCAACAUAACCACACUUUUUCCACAAAUCUCCCCUCAACAUAACCUCAGUUUCCCUCCAAAAAUGUUACCCUGCAAAAAAAACCAAUUACAUAGAAAUGAGCUAUAAAUUGCAAUAUCCCACCCAUAAUCCACCCAAAUCUAUCGAAAAACGAGAAAAAUACAAGUAAACUUCCUGUCUAACCCCACUUAAGUUACCCCUAUAGCCAAAUGAUGCAGAAAGUCCGUUGGAUUUCCAAUGGAAUUCUCCGAACUAAUUCAUUCGUACAGAUUUCUUUGAAUAGUUUAACCAUUAAUUCCACGGAAGUCUCUAUGGAAUAUUUCAGAAUGUCUCCAAUUCUCUAUGGAGUUUUCCAUGGAAUUGUCUUUCAACACUCAAUGGGGCAUUCAAUGGGUCAAGUGGUAGAGCACUCGCUCUAUGAUGCAAGUGCCCCGGGUUCGAAUCCCCUUUAGGUCACUAGGAUUUUUUCUGGGGUUAAAGGUGUUCGGAUUCCAUCCAGUGAGCUUCACUGCACUUGAUUCCACGGGAAUGGGACUGACAACCCCAUCCCGUACAAGAAAAAUAAUAAUGAUUGUCUAGAAAUCCCCUUGCGGGAAGGCCUUGUUCCUUCAUGGAAUGUUGUGCCAGCAUUAUUAUUAUUAUUAUUAUUAUUAUAAUUGUCUUGCAACAAAAUAUGGUAAGGCUGCAAGAAUUGAUAAAAUCCAACUAGAAAUGGUGAAACUCAAAAUGGCUCCGGUCGGUAACAACCUUUCGAAAAUACAAAGCAACUUUAAAACCAAGUCAAACCUAUUUGAAAAUCUAAACGGAAACCUAAAGUGCAAGUUCACGUAUUCGCCGCUUUAGCGCUGAUUGUCCGGCGUUUUCUGCAUCAAUCAAUCAAAGUUUAAAACAGGGGAUGGAAAAUGGAAUAUUCACAGGUUAUUUAAUUUAUUUCUAUUUAAAAAUUAAAAUUACAGUCUUUAAUCAUUUGUUUCGAUGGGUUUCACUAACUUUGAGAGUAUCAAUUUUUUAAUUGUAGAUUGCAAAUAGGCAAAGUCUUACCCUUUAAUAAUUUAUAUCAGAUUCUUGCUUUUUAGAGUCAAAUCUUUAAGAAAUAUUCCACAUUGUUGCCAGAUAGUGCUCCAUAAAAUAAAAUGAAACAUAGAUUCCAUAAACAUGAGAUAAAGUGAGACAUAGAUUCCCGAAACAUCGUGUAGAAUAAAAAUUGCAAGAGACAAAACAGGUCUUUUCCAUUCACCACUUGUUAUACCCCAUUGGACCGUAACUCAACAAAUAGAGCAACUUCUUCCGUUUCUGGUGUAUAUCUGGCUCAAACACGUUGCUCACAUGAAUUAUAGCCUUAAGAUGAAAUUUUUGGUAAGUACAACCCCUGACUUCACUAAGCCUGUUCCUCGAGAAUAUUUAGACUGUAAAGUCUGUCAAUAAAGAUUUAUUCCAAUCUGAGGACUUAGGAUUAUCGAUAACAUAGCUCUCUCCGAUAUCCGGUACUUCGAUAUCCUGCUGACAGCUGUCAAACACUGACGGUUCCGCCAUAGCAAAAGAAAGCGGAAUUGGAAUAACAAGCGAAAAAUUCCUAUGAAAUUUUACAGUAUUUUUCCUUGAAAAAUUCCAUAGAAAUUUUUCAUAAUAGGUUCCAAGGAAAAUUUUAUGGAUUUAGGCUGGAUUUUUUCUGUGGAAUAUAUCCAUGGAAUGUUCGUGGAAUUUAUGUGGAUUUUUCCACCUAAAUAAAAUGGAGAAAAAAAUGAAGCUGUCACAUGCACCUCGCGAUUUUACUUCCGAAUAUUAAAGAAAUAUCAAAGAUCACGGGGAUUUUAAUAAGUUUUACUGAACCAGCGAUAACGAAUAACCAAUUUGGAUUAUAAAAAACUAUUUUAUAAAAAAAAAAUACUUUUUCAUAAAAUAGAUAUUGUAUGAUAUAAAAACAGUUUUAUUUUAGGUUGGUGACCUAUUUAAUGUAAUCACUUCACUAUUAUUUACACGAAACGCAGUGUCGCAUAAUUAAUGAUAUUAUAAUUCGUCGCAGGAGUCACUAAAAAUGUUCGCGGAAGGCUUGGAAAUAAAUUAUCCAUGUUGUCACAACACCAUUUUAUUUGUUUGACAUUCGAGAAAAAAGUGGAAAAACUAUAUAAAACCCUAUGGAAAGAUAGUGGAAAUUUCCAUGUGAUUUUUCCAGCUUAUCCCGCAAACGUUUCACGUGUGAGUUUCCAUAUAAAUGUUCCACAGAACUCCGCGGAAUUUAGCGCUGGAAUUUCAGUGGUUCGUACUUCAAAUUCCAUGGAGGGCUAUGAUUCCAAUAGAAUUACCGGCUCCAAAUUACAUGGAAAACUUAAUGGAAUUUUUGCGUCAAAUUCCGCGGAUUUUUGCAAUUUGGACGCUAGUUUUCCUCUGGAAUUUCCGCGGAAUUUUGCUAUGGGGUCAUGAAUUAAAACACUUUUUUUAAUAAGUAUGUAGCUUGUUUAGCGCGAAUUGAAAUAUUAUUUUCACUUCAUCAAAGCCUUUGAUACUUAAUUGUGGUACAAAAUAAAACAUAAUGUGCACCAUAAAGAAAAUUCUGUUGUUUUUCGACAGAAAAUAAAUUCUCACAGCGCAAAAUAGAAAAACCGUGGACCAGAUUCAAAAGAGAGAGCAGAGAGCUAUGUAGAGGCCUUUUACGUAAAUUUCCUUUACUGCAAAAUGUAAUAGGAUAAAUAUUCUAGAGGAUCAGCCUAAGUCUAUUUGUGUUCUUAAAUUUUUUAGCAGGAAAAUUUCGAACAUUUACUCAUUUUAAAAGAAUAUACCCAUGGAGAACUCCAUAGAAAAUUUGACAAUUUCCAAGAAAUAUUCCUAAGAAAAAAAAAUCAAAAAUUCCUGCAAACAUCGGAUAGAUUCCAUGGAAUUGUCCAUAGCUGUGCAAUUUUGCAGAAACUUUGGCUAUAGGGUACCUCCUCUAUUGACGUCAAAUAAUUCAUCCAUAAAAUUUAACCAUAAUAUUCAAAUUCAAAAAAAAAAACAAACCAACCCUAAUAAAGAAAAAAUACAAAAAAUCAACCCUCUAAAAAUAUGGUCAAUCAAAUAAUUAAAAAUAGGAUGCAAAAAAUGCAAAAAAAACUACAGAAUAAUGAAAUAUAUUAAUGUAAUUUUAAUGAAAUGGAAAGAUAAAAAAAAAACAAGCAAGAAAACACAUAAAACACACAGUUGUAGAAAAAUAUUGAUUUAUCACAAUUAUUUACUGCAAGUCAUUAUAAAAAUUCAAAAGAAAAAAAAACAAUAUUAAAAAAAGAAAAUCAAUAUUUUCCCACAAACAAAAAAACUUCUCUAACAUUACUAAAAAAAGUAAAAAAAAAAAACAAACCAUAAAAUAAUCCAUAAUUUAAAAGAAAAAAAUAAUACAAAAAAAAUAGUUGAUAAAAAGAUCCCUCAGAUAUGAAAAAAAAAAUAUUUUUUAACAAUUCAGAAUGAUUUUUUUUGUGAGCCAGCCGGAAAGAUUAAGGAGCAAGAGGAUGGAGUAGACAAAAAUAAAACUGUGUGAAUGAUGGUGUAUAAAUAAAACUACUAUUAUUAAUUAUUAGUUAUGAGACAAGAGAAAAAAUGAGAAAAUAAUUAAAAAAAAAGAAAACAAAACAAGAGGAAUACGACAUGGAGAUAUGAAAUCAUUGUAAUUAAUUCAUGAACCCGAGGGAUAAAGUGAAAGAAUCACAGAGAGACACAAAGUAAACAAAAAUAUCCUCUUGGUUAAAAAAAGGCGUUGAGGACGAGAGGAAGAAAAUAAAAGAAAAAUUAUGAAAAAAAAUUCGUUGCCAGAGACUAUAUGUUCUUAUUAAGCUUCUUCACAAAACAAAGCAAAUAUAAAUGUAUAAUUAAAUGGA